AUGGUUGAUUUGUCAACAGCUUUGAUUCAUGGCGACGAUAAAGACAACAGAGUUACUGACGUUGCGCCCCCAAUUAAUGUAUCCACAACGUUCCGUUACGAUGAUGACGAUUUGAUUCCAUGGACAGAGCGUGAAAAUUUGGACUUUAUGGAAAAGAGACCCGUUUAUUCUCGUCUGGCACAUCCAAACAGCACCAGAUUAGAAAGUGUCUUUUCAGACAUACUCGACGGGUAUGCUGUUGUUUAUUCUUCUGGAUUAGCUGCGUUCUUCGCGGCGAUGGUUCACUACAAUCCUAAAAAGAUCUUUAUAGGCCAAAGCUACCAUGGUGUUCGAGCAAUUGCAAAUAUAUUGACCCGUAAUUAUGAUAUCAAACAAUAUCCACUAGAAGACAUUGAAAAAUAUGCAGGUGAAGGCGAUAUUGUUCAUCUGGAGUCGCCUGUAAACCCAUAUGGUACGUCUUACGAUAUUGAAAGUUUUGCUCGCAGAGCUCAUGCAAAGGGCGCCCUACUAGUACUAGAUUCCACGUUUGCGUCUCCACCAUUGCAAUAUGCAUGGAAUUUUGGAGCGGAUAUCGUCUUGUAUUCCGCUACCAAGUACUUCGGUGGUCACUCUGACUUAUUGAGUGGUGUCCUCGUAGUCAAAGAUGAAGCUGUUUCUCGGCGCCUAAAGGACGAUAGGAUUUAUUUGGGUACCAACGUUGCAAAUUUAGAAAGUUUCAUGUUAUUGCGGUCACUCAGAACUUACGAACUGAGAAUAAACAAGCAAUCCGAAAGUGCUACCAAAAUAGUUAAAUUCUUGUUUGAUCAUCAGUCCAAAUUUGAUAAAGUACUGAAAACAAUCUAUCACUCAUCUUUACAGACCGAGGAAUUUGUUAAAAAGCAACUAGUGGGUGGGUAUGGUCCUGUUUUCGCCAUCACUCUACAUACCAAGGAGCAGUGCAAGAUAUUUCCUCUCAAGUUAAAAUACUUUCACCAUGCGACCUCUCUGGGUGGCAUUGAAUCCCUUGUUGAAUGGAGAGCAAUGACAGACCCAUACAUCGAUCAGACUUUGAUAAGAGUGUCUGUAGGAUGCGAGUCCGCCGAUGAUUUAAUCAGGGAUUUGGCUUCGACACUGCAGGAGCUGCAAGAUGCUGCUUGA